AUGGCGGGUUCCGGCGCGGGUCCCCCGCCGGAUCUCCCCUCGCUCCUGCUCAACGCGCGCAUCGUGUACAUCGGCAUGCCCCUCCUCCCGGCGGUCACCGAGCUCGUCGUCGCCGAGCUCCUCUUCCUCAACUACGAGCAGGUUGACCGCCCCGGGUACGUGUACAUCCACUCGCCGGGUUCCAUCAACGAGAAGGGCGAGUGCGUCGGCGUGGACAGCGAGGCGUACGCCAUCCUGGACACGAUGAGGUACAUCAGGCCCAAGAUCCACACCGUGGCGGUGGGUAAGUGCUUCGGAAACGCCGCCAUGCUCCUCGCGGCGGGCGACAAGGGGUGCAGGCACGCGCUUCCCAACGCGCAGAUCAUGACGCACCCGCCCAAGCUCAACCGCACGUUUGACACCAGCGUCAACGUGCAGAUCAAGGCGAACGAGAUCGAGGUGUGCGAGGACACGUACAUGGGGUUCAUGUCCGAGUUCAGCGGAAAGCCCAUCGAGACGGUCAAGGAGGAGCUCGACAGGCGCAGGUACUUCACGCCGCAGCAGGCCAUCGACUACGGCCUCAUCGAUCGCAUCAUCCAGAAGGGGACCGACGUGUUCGAGAAGCGCAACUACGAGGCGGAGCUCAUGGCGGCGCAGGCGGGUCAGCGCGGUGCGAUGCCCACGGGGCGUUAA